UAUCGAUAUAUAUCGAUGAUCUCACCGCACAUACGCGGCAACGUUCCGACGGCUGCGGUGAGUGUGCUCUUUUUUAAACAUGGGGAGGUUAUCUGCUUGAGGCAGUACUAUGUGGGAUUUCGGCAACCGCGGCGUCGUGGUGUUGAUAAGUGUGACGUGCGGGUGCGUACUGGUAUACAACGCCUGGGGCGCGAUCCUGGCGCUGGCGUUCACGCUGCUCCUGGUGGUGUACGCGUGCUACUCCCUGCUUACUAACGACAGCUUAGUGUCGCCGCACCACGCGCAUCACGUUCUUGGCUACCUGCGGGAGGCGGUCCACGAGCUCGGCACGGUGGCACGCGCCGUCCACGGCCACGGUACCGGUUACGUGCGUAAACUCUGGCACAGUGCGAGUCGUUAUUAUCGCGAGCAUUUCCCCUAUUCAUUCAGGAUGGAUAGACGACGCACAAGCAAUUAUCAGCUCAGCAGCGACUCGUACGCCGCUACCGCUGCCGCUGUCAGGCGCGAGGAGCUGUCGUCGUCAUCGUCGCCAUCGUCGUCCAAGCUCGGCCUGAUCGAUCAAUUGAGCCCGAUCCCGCGCGUUCCCGCGUUCCGUUCGCGCGUCAACGAUAUGCUCGGGACAGACAGUAGAUUGUAUCACGCCGGUGAUUACGAUUGCACUUUGCAGCAACAGCAGCAACUUGCUUACGGCAAGCAUACCUCCACGCCGGUCUUGAGACCUACCGGCAGGGAAGAGAACCCCCGAAACGGCGAUGUUAACCAAACGCGCGAUAGGAUACCUACCAAGAAACUCUCGCCCAUAUAUUCUCAGAAUCAUACCCUGAGCCGUGGGGAGAAUCUCACACAGUUUAGUCCCGAAGGCUCUCCAUGGGGCAUGAGCAUCAGUCCCAAGAUGCGCCCUAGACCAGCUGGCGUAAAGACUGUUCAGACAGUUGCUGGACCACUACUAGCAUCAACCAGAUACAAUAUCGAUCCUAAGGUAUACACAGAUGUAUCAUCGCCAGGUCUCACAACAAGAUUAACCAAAUACGCUACAGAGGCGAAGAACAAAUUAACUCAUCAGUCUCAGUAUGGCACCGGACAGUUUCCAAAGGUUAAUUUCCAUGCAAAUCCAAUUCCUCUGUUGAGCGUAAAGAUGACCAAGAUGAGAAUGCCUGUGACCGUCAGAGUAGCACCACCAGAUGUAACAAAAUACUCUCCACCUGAAAGGCAGAAGAUCCUGUCUAACAUUUGCCACACAGAAAACAGAUCGCCUUCGAGCGUUGUUCAAGUCCUACGAGAGAUAUCGUUGAAGCGGCACGCGUCGACAGAGGAUGUUAGCUUUGACAUUGCCAAGAAACAGAGGACGGACUACUUCAAUGAGGAGAGGGAGACGAUCCUGGAAGAGAACAAGCAGAAACGAAGCAGGGAUGAAUCUAAAUCGGACGAAGAUCUUUCUCCCCAGAAUAAAUCUGUUAGACCUACAAAACGCACAAAAACACGAUCCUGUUACGAUAUUAUAAACUCUUUGAGCUCCAGUGCUCAUGUCACUGGAAUUAAAAGAAAAGCAGUCGAUAUGUCGCGCAGCGAGACACCUAGUUUCGAGAAGCAUUUCAAGUCUGUGGAAAGCGCGCGGUCUAGCAAUUCUCCCACUGCUCCACAGUCUCAGAACUUGGAUACGGACAAUGGUCAAUCUGACUUGAGAGAAAUAUAUUCGAAAAAUGUCGAGACUCUCAAUUCGAAGAAAGCAGAGGAAUUUCCUGUAGUAAAAGGAAUAUUGAAGCCAUAUAAGGAAUUUAGGCCGAGUCCGGAUAAAACAGAGCUUGUAACUCAUAAAAACACAAAAAGUACCAAUGAAGCUUAUAAUACGAAAGCUGACAAGGCACCAACAAAAUCCGUUAAAUUGAUAGACAAACUAUUUAUGAGAGCUGAACCCGAACGGAACGAACAGUUGAAGUUGCUCGUGGAGGAGCCAAGUAAUAUGAAAGUCAAGUUUGCGACGGACAAUGUAGAAGAAAUAAAAAAAGAGGACAUACGAAAUAUGAGGCAGACCAGUAUGAGAGCCAGGCUGCAAAGUAUGUUUGAUGCAAUAUCAGGGAAAGCAGAGAACAAAAUCAAUCCAGAUGUUGUGAUUCAAGCAGAAGAUGUUAAUGUGAUUUCAACACUAGUCACACAUCCAGUCACACAUCCAGUCACACAUCCAGUCACACAUCCAGUCACACAUCCAGUCACACAUCCGGUCGCACAUCCGGUCAGUUGCGCAACACUCAAUUCCUCGACGACUACAAUAAACAUCAAUACCACACCGCUUUCCACCGCUGCCAUCGUACCGAGCGGUUUCUCUUCGAUAUCCAGUACGAAAAUCGAAACAAAAUCAAACACAACUUUCAGUUGUUCACCGAAAACUACGUCACCAGCGCAACCGAAUGCAUUAGCAACGAAUAUUUUCGCGAAUAAAGAAACGAAUUUGAUUGCUAAGACGACUGGAACUACAGAGCAAGUAAACGUGUCAAUCGCGGCCGCUGUUAUCUCGAGCACCGCGGUAUCCUCGGAAAAAGUUGCACCUUCGAGUACAGUAGCAGCACCGACAUUUAAUUUUGGCAAACCCACGGAGAUGCCAGUUAUGACAUCAAACAAUAUUUUGCCAAACUUUGGCACCAGUUCAUACAAUAGCACUACUUUUACGCCAACCUCAUCGAAGUCUACUAAUUUUUUGAUACCUGGUAAAACACCGAGUUCGAGUUCAACAUUUGCACCGAUUAAUCCUAGCAUUACGGCUCAAGAGGGAAUCAAGAUUGAUAACAUCGUUACCACCACAAGUGCUGUCAUUAUUUCGUCCGGAAAUACUCAUACUGCUCCUAUCUUUGCUUUUGGUAGCAACAAACAUACCUUAUCUCCCAUAACACCGGUUCAAGUAACUACUGUACCAAAUUUGUCGUCCCCCGAGACGACAUUACUGCCGGUUAAUACAACUACUGCGAGUAGUAUCGCCGGUUUCAACAAUAAUAGUAUUGUAAGCAACAAUGCAUUGAAUAGCGUUACGACUACGUCAUCCACGAUCGCAUCUUUAUUUAGUCUGGGAGGCAGUAAUACCGUUUCACAAUCUCCGAAAUCUAAUAACUUCGUAUUUAAUCAGUCGAGUAGCAACGUUCAAUCGAAGAUGAAUGCCUUUGGAAACUCUAUGAACACUCAAGUAACGCCAUUGUCGCAAGCCACGACUAAAUCCUUUAAUUUCACGCCUAACACUUUGACGACACCCGUUGCAAGCUCAUUCACCACGAACGCUGCGACGACUACCACAGGAUCUGCAUUCGGAUUGCCGAGUGCAUCUACAUUUUCGCUGGGCACGACAUCUACUACUUCCUCGAUGCCUACUUUACCCAUCAACAACAAACCUCUGUUUGUUUUUGGCACUUCCAAUACUGCGAGCCCGACGUCUGCAGCUAUAGCUCUACCAGCUGCAACCGCUAGCAGUGCGAUCAGCCUGAAUACGAUAAGCAGCAACGCAAUUCCCGCAUUUGGAGUAGCGUCUACCGCUACUACCGUUCCGCAAUUUGGCGCUCCCACGACAGCGGUUCCGCAAUUCGGCACACCUACGACUACUGUGCCGCAGUUCGGCACACCUACAACCAGUGUGCCGCAGUUUGGCACACCUACGACUACUAUGCCGCAGUUUGGCACACCUACAACUACCGCACCGCAAUUCGUUAACACACCUACUACAUCCAUUUUCGCCACUACAUCAAUUACCACGACGAAUAUGUUUGGAGUCAGCAACAGUCAGCCACUUUUCGGAACUGCAUCAGGAUCUGGAACGACAUCGGAAACUGCUAGUAUAUUUAAUACAACCACGGCUCCUCCGUCCCUCUUUGUCCCGACGACUAUCGUCGUGUCGUCUAACAGCACACCUAAUAACGCUAGCUUAUUCUCCAACGCCAAUUCGAUCGCAACCACCACGGCGCCUUCGGUGUUUGGUGGCGGCACUUCGAUUUUUGGCCAGGCGAAGGCUUCGACGUCUUUUGGUGGAACGGCAGGUAGCAGCUUGUUCAGCAGUGGCACGACAGCACCGUUGUUCGGCUCGACUGCGCAAACUGGCACGACCGGCGCGCCCGCAUUUGGUAUUACUGGCGGCAACGUUUCCACCACCGCGAUCACUCCUGGCUUCGACACCACGAGCAACACGACACCUGCGCCCGCGUUUGGAACACCUGGCGCAGGUACGACGACGAGUGUGCAGGCGGCACCAGCCUUUGGCGGCACAGCGGGCGGCGGAAUAUUCGGUUCGACCGAUAAUAGCGCUCCAUCAGUUCCCAUAUUCGGAGGAACGAGCGCUGCCACUCCGGCCACUGAGUCUGCCUUUGGUAUCCCUUCAGCGACGAGCACCUUUGGUACGCAAAAUCCUCCGAAUCUUACGUUUGGACCAGCGAGCGGUGGUAAUACGUUCGGCGAUAACAAAUCUCUAUUCGGAGCGACGCCCACGACCAGCACGACAAGCACCUUCGGCACGUCUAAUCCAUCUGUGCCAGCCUUUGGUACUGGUAGUAACGCUAGUAAUGCAAGCGGUAAUACAAGUAAUAUGUUCGUAUUUGGAAGCGCUCAGAAAGACCCAGGACAACAGAAUACGGCGUUUCCUUUCGGAUCCAACUUUAACGCUGGAAGCAAUAAUUCUACGGCUGCAUCGUCCACUCCGUUCCAGUUUGGAGCUCCAGCUCCCAAACCAGCAACAACAGCGUUCAACUUCACUACACCCCCGGCGGCUCCUACUCUUAACUUCGGAACCACGACUGCGCCGGCUUUCAACCCCUCGACGCCCGGGAUGUUUAGCAUCGGAAGUGGAUCUACCGCGCCGCGAUCUAGAACAAUUCGUACGCGGAAACCGAGAUGAUGGAGAAUGUAAAUUCCAUCAAUUCGAGUGCACAUUUUUAUUUGAAAUAUAUAUUUGAAGUGUUUAUUCAGUUAUAUUUCUUUAUAUCUGUAUAUGUAGAGUCUCGUGUGCAAAAAGACAUACAUUUGACAUGCGUGUGUCACAUUUCUCUCGAUAUAAUUUAAUAUAUAAUUUAGUAAAAGAAUAAAAAUCACAAAUGGGACAGAGAUUGCAUAUUACGGAGAGAUAGUAUUGUGGAGUACUAGGCGGUCAUGUUUUUAAGGUACAUUCGGUGGCGGUUGGUAUAUCUAUUUUGUACAUAGUAUGUAUCCUAUAAUCCUACAUAUAGGAUAUUUUAUCUAAUUUGAUUAUCUGCCAUAUCUUUGUUAUUUUUUAUAGAAAAAUAAGUAAGGAAGAAGUUGAUUCAAAAAGAUAAAUAUUAUAGUCUUUUUUUUUAAAUACAUGGUAACAAAAUUUUUUUAUUCUAAAAGUGUUUAAGUAGAAAAAAAGAUUAUAAUGUAAAAAAAUAUAAUAAAUUAGCGAAAUGUUUCCAUCCUUUUCUGAUUCUCGUCAAAAAUAUUAAGUAUCGAAUAAAUAAGAUAUAUAUAUACAUAUAUAUAUAUAAACGAUAAUUGCUUUUUAAAUUCAUAUCUUAAGCAAUUAAUCAAUUCCUUUAACGUACAUUCUUGGCAUUUAUGUGUAAUGAUUAGAACAAUUUCAUAAAAGUAUAACAUAAACAAAUUUUAUCUAAUGUUUUAUGUAAAUAUUAUAGAAAAUUAGUUAAUCUGUAUUUUAAAAAUUAUCUUUGUCCAUGUAGAGAAGAGGUCAACGAUCUUGCAAGCGAGAUUCCAAAAACAAUGACGAAAAAACAUUUUGUCCUUCCUGAAAUGUCCUUUCGAGUCCGACUUCUCCGUUACAUAUUUUUCGAUAUCUCUGUCGAAAAUAACAAACGUAUUACAGACGGUCGAGUUAGGUGAAUCUUGUGUACACGGCAAUGUAUUAUCUAUUCUUAUCUUAGUCCAAAUGUCUUUCUCGGAAGAGAAAUGGUAUAGCUCUUGCAAACCCAUUAAAAAUAGAAAUUAAUUAUAAUUUAAGAUGUUAAAGUGUUUCAUUUAUGUCCUCGUUUUUUAAAUGCUUAAAAAUGUUUUAAAUGGUGUUUAGAUUUAAAAUGUUAUCAGACAUUUCAGUUUUAAACGUUUUAGUCUAAACAUUUUAAAACAUGUUUAAGCAUUUUAAAAACGGAAAUAAAUAAUACAUUUUAAUAGUUAAAAAUAUUGAACAUUUCUUUUUUGAUUGCAACCCUUCAAAUUCAAUGCAAUUUCAAAUAUAAUGACUGUUGCCUGCGAUGUCACGUUGUUGCACAAUUAAAUGCAAAACGUGAAAUUCAAGAAAGUGUAAGCUUAUCUCUAUCUGUAUAUUUGUAAUUAAUGUAUGGUAAGACGAUGUGAUUUUAAAAAGAUAUAAUUAAAUCGGGAAUGUUAUCAUAAAUGCGCAUUUUUCUUCAUAAUUGUAUUUGUAUUGUCCGUUUAUAUCUUAAGUGACAAGGCAGAAACUGCACUAUUUCUUUGUUGGAAUAUGCAGCCGACGUACAUUUGUUGAUUUGUUACUCUAUUUUCGUUGCAAAUCUGUUAUAUUCAUCUCCCAGAAGUAUUGGGAAUAAUAUAUUAUAUGUAUUUCGUAUUCUUUGGAAAAUUUCGUAUUGGAGGCGAGUUAUACGAUUUACAGUGUCUCCGCGAGAUACAAGUUGCAAAAAAAAGUAAUGAAAACGCAUUUGUUCAAGUCCCCUCUCGUAUUUUCAUUGCGUUACUCAUAUGAAACUAGAGAAAAUCAUGCACUGAAAACAAAAACUUAACUUGUGACUAAGUUCCUGCAGUUCAACUAUAUGUUUAACUUAAUACAUGAAAUACUAAAAUUUAUUCAGUUCAAGUCUUUUGUGUAUUUAAGUUAAACGUAUAAAUAUUUAAACUGAAGAAAUUUAAUGAAGCUCAAUUUUAUCAAUUUUCUUCUCAGUGUAUACGACGAAAUUCUAAGCACGCGCGCGCGCGCGUGUGUAUGUGUGUGUGUGUGUCGCGUAUUAUACGAUGAAAAGAGAAUUUUCUAGAAUUUCGUGUAAAAUAUAAACUGUAUCCGUUAUUCCUGACUGAUUGCCUUCAAACGGAUAUGGGUACAUUAUUCGCGUUUCCCCCUUCCAGGUGUAUCCUCUAUAUUCGUUGGACUUCUCACAUACAGAUCAGAUGAAAGUGUCGUCAUCGCUUUUUUCCUAUUACACGCGUAAACGUUGAUAUUAGUCAUAUGCAUUGGUCAACAUUGAGCAACAGUCUAAUCGUGCUCGCUACACACGUGCGUGAAAACAGGAUUAAAUACUUUUUGUAUACUCUUCUUCCUUUAAAUGUUCAUAAUGUUAUGUAUUAUAAAAUGUCACAUGUUGCCAAUUAAACGAUGCUGUUUAUGUGUCUUUUUAAAAACUGUACAUAAAGUUAGAGAUAGGGAGAAAGGAGGGGGGGCAUUUGAAUGCGUUUUAUUAUUCUUAUUAACGCGUUAAUAAGAAAAUAUGAUACCUAUUAAUAUAACAAUUAAUGUAAUAAACCUAUUGAUAUAAGUUUGGAAAGUUUGAGCAGGUAUUGUAACAUAUUACGGAUAAUUAUACGUCGUAUAUAAAAAAAUAAGAGACACAUUCUCUUUCUCUCUUAUAUCGCGCAAUGUACAUUAUAAUAAACCAGCGUUUAGAAUUUUCUGUAAA